AUGACUUCUCGUCUCGGCGGAAUGGUUGCUUCCGGGAAAGCUGGCCUUCGCCCGGAGUUACCCUUCGACGAUGAAUUCUACGGCCUGAAAAACGAGAACCUGGACUUGAAGCGGAAAGUGAAUGACCAGGAUGAGAAGACCAAGCAGCUGAUAACAAAAGUGCAAAAACUGACCGACGACCUCCGCCGCGCAAAAGAGAACUCCCUCGCACCCGCACCAGCUUCCAUCGCGACCGUCCAGCGCGGCGUCAUGAACCGCCGCGAAGCAGCAGAGAUGGAGGAUCUGGUGGACGAUUUGCGGACGCAGAUGCGCAAUGUGGCGAAAGAGAAUUCCCAGUUGAAGAAUAAGAUGAAUUUCUUCAAGGCGUUGCAUGAAGCAGAGACGAGGAAAGGCGCGAGAUAUGACCAUAUUCCGCCAAGAACCAAUUCGGGUCUGCGGAAGCUUUAUCCGGCGUUGGCUGUGAGAGGACGAGGCAGAGGCCGUGCAGCGCCAGCGCAUCCUGACGCCAGCGGCGACGGAGCCUCGACACCGCGGAACGAAGAAGUAGAAAAACUAGAAGAAAUCGUAACAAUGCUCCGCGCGAAACUGAUGGACGCCGAACGCGAUCUCGCACAGUCCAACGACGAGAACGGGAGGUUGAGAGCUGAGGCUGACAGCAACAACCAAGAAUCAACUUUAACCCUCCUCUCAACGCAACGCACGCUGUCCGACCUCCAAGCCCGGUACGACGCCCUCCGCGACACCUCCACAUCCACCGACGCGAAACUGCGCGCGAUGACGGAGAAAUACGGGGAGGUGCUUAGCGCGAUGGAGGCGCUGAAUAAGGAGCUCAGAGCGGAGAGGGACAAGAGGGCUGAGGCGGAGGAGAGGUGUAGAGCGUUGGAGGGAGGGGAGAGGAGGGAGGGUGAGCUGAAAAUAAUAAUAGAAGACCUCCGCGCGGAAAAACGUCUCCUGGAAGAAGAACAGAAACGGCUCCUCGCCUCGCAAUUCAACACCCAGCGUAUGGACGAGUACGCUGCUGAGGCUGCCAAACUGCGCAGCCGGGUCGAUGAGUUGAGCGCGCAGUUGGCAGAUGCCUUGAGAGAUCAGGCGAAGGGGCAGGCGAUUGUGGCGGAGUUGAGGGAACAGAACAAAACAUCUCAAGAAGCCAAGCAAAAAGCAGAGGCAAGCCUCUCCAACCUCCAAGCCGAGCUAGACGAACUCAAAAAACAGUUGCGCGGGUUAUACCCCAGUUCCAAACCCGACUGGAACGAGUUGCGUGACGCGCUCGAGUACUAUCGGUCCAAAGGCGGUGUACGAGAAGCACCUAGGCCUGUUGACGAUGAUGAACGACAACUCUUGAAAGAGCUCCGCCUGCAAUUCACCCGCGCGACGGCAGACUUGGAAAAAACGCGCAAGCUGCUGCAGCUGCAGGAAGGCAUCAAUCGGGAUUAUAAGGAUGAGGUGGCGGUUCUGGGGAGGCGGGUUGAGGCUGUGCGGAAUGAGUAUGAGACGAGACUGGAGGAAGAUGCGCGACUGUUGGAGCUGAGAGCGAACCGGAUAGCGGUGCUGGAGGCGCAGUUGAGGAAUGCUGCGAGUGUGGAUGUUAAAGGCAAACCUGAUCUGUCCUUAACGGAUGAUGACGACGUCCAGCUCGAAAAAGGCCAAAACCUCCUCAGCAUCCACCUCCAUUCCGCCCGCCUCACUCCCGAAGGCGUCACCUUCCUCCAACGGCUCCACAACACGAACGAGCCACGCUCCCACGGCACGUUUGCGACGUUCUGUUAUUUCGAUUUCUUUGAUUUUGAGACGGCCGUUACGGGGUUGGCGGUCGGGGAGAAGAUGGGGUGGAAUUUCACUGCCAAAUAUAAGCUCUUUAUCGACGAUUUCUGCCUUAUGUACCUGCAGAUGCAGCCCGUGACGGUGUAUCUGUGCCGCGCGGAUGGGUUGGAUUUCGUCGAGGUUGCUGAAUGUGUUGUGAGGUUCAAAGACUUGACGGAUCCCAGCAAGGCAGACAAACUGCAGUAUUAUGGCGAUCUCGUGAGCUCGCAUGAUCAUAAGACGAUCAUCGGCCGGCUGAACUACACCCUCAGCGUCAAGUUGCCCAUGGCGCAGACUAUCCGCGCGUUCAAGGAACGGAGCGGUGCGUUAGGGCUUCUCGCUGAUGCUGAUGCUGAUGUUGCAGCGACCACGAAACACGGCAAAGUAAACGAGCUCGUCUUGAAGAUUGAUAAAUGCGAGGGGUUGGACAUCGACCGUGCACGGCGGCAAGACGGGAAAGCGGGCGAGCCGGCUGUGUAUUUGGCGUUUCAGUUGCCGGGACAUGAUCAUGUUGUUACGAGCACAGUAAGGGGCACCGCGAACCCGGAAUUCAACCUCCUGCGCACGUUUAGGAUGGUGAUGACCGCGGAGUUGGAUCGGAAGUUGCGGACUGGGGAUCUCCGCAUAAUGGUCCUCGAAGACUCCGACAACGACUUUAUCUACGGCACCUGCGCCAUCCCCCUUCUCUCCCUCGCCCUCGGCGACUCCAUCACCGGCGCAUUUGACAUCUUCGGCUCCGAUAACGCGCCUGCCGGCAAACUGACGCUGAGUCUAAGCUGGGAACAGCCGUACAGAGUCCAGUCCGCGGCGGUGGUGCCUCACCUGGAUUGGAAAGAGAUGAGUGUCAAACGGAUGCAACCACAGCAAAGACCGCCGCGGGAUCCGUCCGCGCCUGUGCCGCCGCCGUUUGGGCGAACGACGAGGACGCGGCGGCGCCUCCCGCUCGGGAAACCGAAACCGGAACCGGGGGAGCAUCUGACGGAGGCGACGAGUCGGUCGGCGUUGGCGAGUCCGGGGCAGGCGACGCCUGCGACCGGGUCGAGACGGACGAGUGUGGGGGGCGUAUCUGUUGGGGAGGGCGGGGUUGACGGUGAUGUGCAAGGGGAGCCGGUGCGUAAGGUCACGAAUGCGCGGGAUGAAUUUUCCGAUCGACAUACCGCACAUACACCAUCAGCUGCUCACCACCACCACGACCAAGAACAACAAGAGGAAGAAGAAGGCCUGACAUUAACAGUCGAUGCCCUGCACCUCUCCUUACCGCCCGACCAGCUCCCCUCCGCCGUGUUUAUCGCCCUCGAGGAGUUCCCACUGGAUGUGGCGGAAGGCGGGGAGUCGCCUGUGUGUGAUGUCGAGGAGAGCGGGGAUGUCGCGGUUGGGUGGCGGCAGUUUUUUCCACUGGACUCAACAACGCACCGCCGCGAACGCUUCCGCCUCCGCCGCGCCCUCCUCUCCCCCGACGACGCCGACGCCCGCUGCUCCCUCGCCAUCCUCUGCCCCGCCUCUCACGCUGAAGACCGCCUGAUAGGCUACGCCUCGUUUGACCUGCAAGAGUGGAUCGAGGAUACCCAAGGGGAUGUGAUUGAGGUGCCGAUUGUGGCUGGGGAGGCGGGGGAGGAGGGGGAGGAGGUUGGGAGUGUGGUGGUUGUGGUGCGCGGGAGGGGGUGCGUUAGGGGGGUUAUCGAGGAGUGA